AUGAAAUUAAGUUCAGUAAUCCUCAUCGCAGCAUCACUCACAAUCACAAUCACAGCAGCAAUGAGCAUCAGCAGCACAUCAACGAAACGAUUCAAGCGUUCGCUUGCAGAUUGUACAUUCGCGGAUAUAUUCCUGAAAAAGGUGGAUGGAUGUGAUAUCAAACAGUUGUACGAGAGACGGAAAUCGCUGGAUUUCGAAGAGAAGAUGGCUGGCUUGUUGAAGAGGAAGAACGCAGGCUUUAUGCAGCGCACAGCACCGUUUCUACCUGAAAUACCACCAGGUUAG